AUGCCAACUUUUUGCUCAAACACACUAACUAAUACUACUACUUUGCUUUUGCUUCAAAUAAAUCCUCUCUUUCAUUCACUUUCUCUAAUAAUUACUCCCUAAAUUAAGUACAUUUUUAAGCAUAUCUACACUUGAUUAAUCAAUUAAUGUAAUAGUUUUGAUCUGGGCAAUGGAGAAUGUGAGUAAUAAUGCUGAUGGAGUUAUCUCAAAAAUGGAAGAUUAUGAAAUAUUAGAGCAAAUUGGUAGAGGUGCUUUUGGAACUGCUUAUCUUGUUAACCAUAAAUAUGAAAAUAAGAAAAAGUAUGUGUUGAAAAAGAUCAAAUUGGCCAAGCAGACUGAGAGAUUUAAGAGAACUGCUCACCAGGAGAUGAACUUAAUAGCAAAGUUGAACAACCCUUAUGUAGUGGAAUAUAAGGAUGCAUGGGUGGAAAAGAAUUGUUAUGUGUGUAUAGUGACAAGCUACUGUGAAGGAGGAGACAUGACUGAGAUGAUAAAGAAGUCUAGAGGAACAUAUUUUCCAGAGGAGAAACUCUGCAAAUGGCUAGCUCAGCUACUCUUAGCCUUGGACUACCUUCACUCCAACCGCGUCUUACACAGGGAUAUAAAGUGUUCCAACAUUUUUCUUACCAAGGAGCAUGAUAUUCGGCUAGGUGACUUUGGCCUUGCGAAACUGCUAAGCAAAGAUGAUCUUGCAAAUUCGAUUGUGGGAAGUCCAAAUUACAUGUGCCCUGAACUUCUUGCUGAAUUACCUUAUGGCUACAAGUCUGAUAUAUGGUCCCUAGGCUGCUGCAUGUUUGAAAUAGCAGCACACCAACCUGCAUUUCGCGCACCAGAUAUGGCAGGGCUAGUGAACAAAAUAAACCGGUCCACUAUUUCCCCGCUUCCAACUAUCUAUACUCCAGUGCUGAAACGUUUGAUCAAAACCAUGCUAAGGAAGAAUCCCGAACAUAGACCAACAGCAGCAGAGUUGCUAAGGGAUCCUCACUUACAGCCAUACCUAGCUCAAUGCCACACAUCUCCUAUGUUCUUACCAGUGAAAUCUGAAGUUACUAACAAAACGAAGCCAAAUGUUCCUCGGUUCAUCAACAAGUCCAGUAAUAACAUAUCCAAUAUUAGAAAGGUUGGGAAGGCAAAACCUCCUAAUGAUAUCCCUAAAGUUGCUCCUCGACUACCCAAGAAGCCGGUAGGACUUAAGGGUGCUGCAGCAUCCUCUUCUGAUUCACAAGAAACAAAAGUCGAGACCAAAAGAGUCGAUCCAACAAGUUGUUCAGAGCGAAUAUCUAAAGCCGAGGAAGGCCUAAGAGUUAUAACCAAUUACAUUGAACAAAUCAAGGAUGCUGAAUUAUCUAAGAGUUUCUUCAACAUGUUAAAUUCAUAUCAUAAGCCUGAUGAUCAUCAUUCUGAGACUGAAAAACUUGCUGUUGAAUAUCUUACUCAAAUACUAGAAAAACUUCAGGGAAAUUCUGGUAAAACUGAAGAAGAUAAAGAACUAACUCUAAGAGAGAGUUGUUUAACUAUUUUACAAGAGGAAGGAAUGAAGAUUGAUACAAGUACACACGUCGAACAACGAGCAGAAGCUCUAGAAUCACUCCUAGAGCUUUGUGCUCGUCUAUAUAAGCAAGAAAGGUUUGAUGAACUUGCAGGGAUACUAAAGCCAUUUGGUGAAGAACCAGUUUCGUCUAGAGAAACUGCUAUUUGGCUCACCAAAGGGUUGAUGAAUACUGGAAAACAAGAUAUGGGAUGUUAGCCAUACAGAUUUUUUUUUUGAUGUUUUCCAAUUUGUAAUCUUGAUAGUCUUGACUGUGAUCAUCUUCCACUUUCUCUAUUGAUUUUGCAAGUUAACCAAAUGAUAAACCUAUGUCUUGUGUAUUUGUAACAUUGAUUUUCCAGUAUAUAUAAUUUUUUGUUGA